CCGCGCUCACCUCGGUAGCUUGUUUUUCCCCCACGGCAGACAGCAAUCGUCACGUGUUGCCGCUGACACUGCACCCAGUCUGUAGUCACCUUCCUUGUAGUGUAAUCCGCACACAGCACCGCACAUACCUUUCACGCAUCCGCCGCCCGAUCAGCACCCGCCUCUCCCGCUCGAGACAUGCUGCAUGCUGACAAUGGCCGAUCGAAGUAGAGUACCUGAUCCCAAAGACUGCCACAAAUUUUACCAGUGCAAGAACGGCAAGGCCUACCCGAUGAGCUGUCCGAAGGGCCUUGUCUACAACCCGACUCUGGAGGUCUGCGACUACCCUGAAGACGUCCCGGGGUGCAUGCCAACGAAGCCGACCAAGCCAACCAGGCCGACCAAGCCGACCAAGCCGACCAAGCCGACCAAGCCGACCCGGCCGACCCGGCCGACACGGCCAACCAGGCCAACCAGGCCGACCAAGCCGACGCAUAAGCCCAAGCCACAUUCAUCCAGCUCUAGCUCCGAGUCGGGAAGCGGAUCUCACCACCACCACAGCAGCGACUCUCACUCCAGCUCAAAGCACCACCACAGCAGCGACUCGGACUCCGGCUCGAAGCACCACCAUGGCAGCGGCUCCCAUUCGAAGCACCACCACGGCAGCGACUCGAAGCACCACCAUGGCAGCGGCUCUCAUUCGAAGCAUCAUGGCAGCGACUCGAAGCACCACGGUAGUGGCUCGAAGCACCACCCUGGCAGCGGCUCGAACCACCACCACGAUAGCGGCUCGAAGCACCACGGCAGGGAGUCGGCGGAGCGCGUGAAGUCGUUUGCACCUGCUCUGAAGAGCUCGCCUCUGUACAGGAACCCGGACCACGGCACUGUCGAGGACGAUGAUGGCUUCUUGGAGGCCCAGUUCGCCCGAAGCCGAACGCUCACUGUCCACUCAGCUGCAGCUCUGUGCGAAAGGCUCUUCCGGAUCGUGUGCUUCUAG